AUGGAAUUUACAAGUGAGAAUUUUUCCAUCGUUGGCCAUCAUUCGAAAGGAAACGAGUAUUACAUGGGAGCAGGGGCAACCCUGGAGCAAGUUAUGGAGAGUAUGGAGGGGGGAUCUUUCUAUAACAAGAAUGCAUCAAAACGCAUCCAAAGCUUUAUUCAUAUGGAAAGCAACGAGCACCAGGAACGGAUUGGGAAAACACCCUGUGAAAGGUCAAAUAUCAAUUAUGGUGUUUCAAAGUCGAUGGGCCAGGCUGUGUGCACCGACCUAUCAAGACCUGUUGAAAACUACUGCAACAUGAAGGUGUCGCCACCAAAAGGGCUGGAAGAGAAAUCCAUCGUGGAUCAAACCGUCGACAAGAGCGACUCUAAUGUCUCCAGCACAAAGAAGCGGAGAAAUAGGACAACAUUCACCAGUUUACAAUUGGAGGAGCUGGAGAAGGUUUUCCAAAAAACUCAUUAUCCCGAUGUGUAUGCCAGGGAACAGCUGGCUCUACGGACAGAGCUCACUGAGGCCAGAGUACAGGUUUGGUUUCAGAAUAGAAGAGCAAAAUGGAGAAAGAGGGAACGUUAUGGACAGCUACAACAAGCUCGAAACCACUUUGCAACCUCCUAUGAUGUCUCUCUAUUGCCCCGGACAGAGACUUAUCCACAGCUGCAAAACAACUUGUGGGCAGGGAAUAGCUCCACUGGCUCAGCAGUUUCAUCGUGCGUAUUACCACGUGAAUCAUCCCCCUGUAUGUCACCUUACCCUCACUCACACAGAAAUGGCAGUGCCUACAUGGGCAUAUCAAAUCACCAAAGCCAGUUCAAUCAAGUUGCUCUGAACAACCUCUUCAAUGACUCUGUACUUUCUGGCUCCUCUGAUGGACAUGCCUUCGAGCCAAGGCCAGAGUGUGAACGAAGAUCAUCGAGUAUUGCUGUGCUUCGAAUGAAAGCCAAAGAACACACUGCCAACAUAUCAUGGGCGAUGUAAUGGAAGUUUCAUGACAACAGAAGACAAACCAUUAAUGAACAUGUCUGGGCUAUUCUGUCC